AUGUGUGGAUAUCCAGAACAGACAGUAGACGAAGAGAGGUCUCCACGAGUGUCUUUGUCUGGAAAGAAAAAGAAACAGAUAGAGGAAGAAUGGAAAUGGAUUGAAGCGCAAUUGUGUGGUCUGUGCUCUAUUGGAGGAGACAUAUUAUGCUGCGAAACGUGUCCUGCUUCUUUUCAUCUCUCAUGUAUUGGAAUAGAAGCAUCUGAAGUUCCAGAUGGAGCUUUUCACUGUCAUCGUUGCACUAGUCUGCCAAAGGAUGUUCAACUAUUUGCACCUGAGACAUGUACUUCUACAACCCCUCAACAUCGAGUAGGAUAUGAGUUUUAUAGAAAUUGGGAAGCGAUUCGCUGGCAAUACAAACGAUUGAAAAAGGAACCAACAAAACCGGUUCAAGGACCAUUAACAGAAAUGGAUUCAAUCGACAAUACAUUCCCAGAUUGCCAUCUUAAAAAUGCACUAACGCUGAUCAAUUCUUUAAAUUAUUCAUUUCCCUCUCGGUAUACUGAUGCGGUAAAAAAGUAUCCAGAUGAUUCAAUGGAAGUCAAGCGAAGCUAUAAAGCGGGAGAAACGUGUGUCCAAUGUGAAUUACAAGAUGACUGGUCACCCAUGUUGUUAUGCGAUUUCUGUGAACAACCUUGGCAUCAAAAGUGUGUAUAUCCACCUAUGAUAACCAUGCCGAAGAGAAAUUAUUGGAUGUGUCCGAGACAUACAGCUGUACGUAUUGAUAACCUUGUACUCGGUGAAGAAUUAACUCGAAAUGAACGAAAUGUGUUAAUAGAAAAGUACGGCGAGCCUGAAGUUUCAUUCGAAUUGUUCGAAAAGUUUUGCAAUGCAACAAUUGAACGCCGGAUCGGUUGCAAUGAUAAUCUCGAUGUAAUCUAUUAUGCUCCUGUAAGAGAAGAAGUAGCUUCUUGUGUAUCUCCGGUUCUUAUUCACAAGAAAAAUAAUUGGCGAAAAGGAGGACGAGGAAAGAAGAAAGCGGAGAGUCGAUAUUUUGACACCUCUUAUGGAUUAGAAGAUAUUCCAGACGCAUUUUCAUCGUCUUCCUUGAAGAAUCUCCGGAAGAUUUCAGAUAAUACUCUCGUAGAACGGAAAGAUAGAGUAUUGGAUCAAUUGGAUCAGAAGAGAAGCCAACAACUGACCGAGGACGAACUGUUAUCAACUAUUAUGCCAUAUGACGAAGUGAUCAAGAUGAUGCGUGGAGAUUUAGAUCCAAAAGAGACCAUACGGGGUAGUGGAAUUCAGUCUAUAUGUGCACUGCCGGAUAAAAUUUAUCGGAAAAAAUUAAAAGCUGAUAUUGAUCUUCUUAUUCAAUUCUUAGGAUUUGGAAAUGAUCAUGAUGAAAGAAAGUUCAGUUCUUUCCAGACGGAGGCAUUUUUUAGAAGAUGUACACCCCCUCCCAGUGCUCAGAAUACUCUGUGUCAAAAAUCUCUUCGAGAAGUUCUACUCAACUCUCAAAAAGAAGCACUUGAAUUAUCGCAAGUUUAUAAAUAUCAUCCUGACUCGACGAAAAUCGAUCAUUUUGUUCUUCUCGCUCAUGACAUAUAUUUUGAAAGUGCAGAAGAGAGGGAUUCAUAUUUCCCAUCAAGUAUGACAAUUUGGUCGAAGGAGCCGAUCAUGGCGUUGACAGCGAAAUGGGCCAAACAAAGUUGUGUCAAAAUAAAAGAAGAAUCACCUGCAGAACCUGUUGACGAUAAAAUGGUAGACGGAGGAAUCAAUGCAAUAGUAGCUUCAAUAAACGAAACAACUUCUUCUGGACCUAUACUUGGUGUUGGCUCUUCUGAGGUCAUAGCGGCUCAUUAUGUUGUAGAUCCAGCAGAAUUGGAGUCAACUGGAGGAGCCCUUGAAUCAAAUGAGCCACAAGGACCACUGUAUGCAUCAUCACAACAUUCGUCACUACAAUCGCCACAGCAAUCACCACAACAAGCAUAUCUAAAUAUUGAAUUCAAAGAAGAUGGACCUAAUAUUGCCCAGUACAUAAAUGAUUCAGGACCCCUUGAGCAGAAUAUUGCUGAAGCUGUCGGGAGAUUAUCAUUGGAUAAUUUUGAGGAUUUGAAGUAUAAUGAUUACCAGGAGAAAGCUGUAAGUAUUUAUGAAUAUCCAGGUUAUCUCGGAGAAGAUGAUUGGUAUGAGGCAGAUGUACGAAGAGCAAAAAGUUUAAAUGAUCUUGUUGAUAAACCCAUCUGGUCACAUGUCAACAAAAACAUGCAAAACUUCCUGCUCCGGGAACAAAUUGAAACAAUGCAAUUCGAUCAUGAUUAUGCGGCAAUCGAUAGACGUCAAAUCUCAGAUGAUUCAGUACCGAAUGAUUUGCAUAACUAUAUUUCAUCAGAAAGUGUGAAAGAUAGAUAUGAAUAUGAAGAGAGAGAAAGUCAAUCUCCAGACACGGAGUUUCUUUCUCCAAAUCCACCCGAUGGUUAUGAAAACUAUGACAUAAGAAGAAGAGGUAGACCAAAAGGCUCAAAAAAUCGAAAAGAGGGAGAGCCUAUUCGCCCACGGAAAAAGUAUCCGACCAGUUCAUCUGGUAGAUCUCGAGGUCGCGGAGGCAGACCGAGAAGUAUUCGUGGAAGCAGAGGUACACCAUCAGCAGCCAGUAGUUUUGACGAAGAAGGACCAUCAAGAAGACGGUCUGUGACAUUUUCAUCGGAUGCUCCGGACUCUCCUGAACAGUCUAUAGCAUCUGUAUCCAAAAGAAUACAAGAGGAGGUCGACGAAGCACGUGAGAAAUAUGCAAAAUUGAUGCUUACGAAGAAUUUAGAAGAAGAUAAAGAUACCUAUUUCAGCACAAGAAAUGAUGCUUUAGAAAGUUGGACAGCAGAACAACGAAAGGAAUUGACGAGACGAGUUAUAACAGGGAGACUGAGCUCAUUGAUCCCUUUUGAAGCCCGAUAUUUUUUACCAAGUCAACGAGUUUUAGCUCGUGUUGAAAUAGACGAUUAUCAUCUUUCAAUUGCAAUUCAAAGGUGUUUGACGAAAAUCGGAACAGCCCAGGAUUGCCAUAUUCGAAUCGAUAAAUUAGCUGAUUCAUUUUGCAACGAUCUUGCUGAUUAUCACUGUGACAUCAUUCGGGAAUACCAUUCAAAUGAGUUUUAUCUUUCCACUCUGGCUACUGAAAUGGUUAUCGUGAAUGAUGUUGUGAUCUGUCGUCCUCGAUUAACACAUUUUGAAGAAGCCGAACGAAACAGAUCAAACGGAUCUAUCCCUUUCAUUCCGUCGAAUAUCAGAUGCCAGUGCCGAAAACGUUCGGACCAGCGGAUUUCUAAUUUAGAAAACAACGGACAGGUGAUAACGUCAGGAAUAGUCAAGCUGGAGGACGGAGCGCUUAUUCAAAUCGGAUGCGUUGUUUUCAAAUUUUUCAAAAAUAGUUAA